UCAGACUUCUGGCGCCGGGCCGCUCGAGGACUGCAGGUGCCAGAAGGCCUCCUGCAAUCUCCGCAGGAUGGUCAGCCGCUUGUACCCGACACCCAAACCACCAGCAACAGCACCAACAGCACCAAGCAACAUCACCUUAGCUCGCCUGACGUUCUCUUUUAAUUUGUCGAGGGCGCCCCAUCGGCAUCUCUUCUCCAUCUUAGAGCGCAGGGCACAGGACAGGCUGAGGUGACUCAACUCACUGUGAGCACACAACACACGACGUCAAUCACAGUGGUGUGGUGUGGCCUGAUGUGAUUGCGUCAUGCACCAACCUGUCCUGGAAGGUGGUGCAGGUGGCAGCGAAUGCAGCGCGGCGAGGGCCCGAGUAGCCAUUGAUGUGGCGCAGCAGCGGCUCGAUGCACAGCACUGUGACCAGGCCGUGCUGUACGGACAGAGAGACACCCACAUGUGUGUGUGAGGGGAUGGGCGGGUCGGUGGUGGGUGGGUGGGUGGGUUGGUGCGUUGCGCUGCGUACGUCAUCGUUUUGUUCUUUGGCCCUUUCCCGCCAGGCACUGAUGCGCUCCUGCUCUUCCUGCAGGCUCCUCUCUAAGGGCACGGGGACGCUCACCUCCUGCACACACAGAGUGCAUCCAUCGUUACUUUGCCUAAGUGACUCGGCUCUUAACUGACCCCGAGCAGUGCAGCCAUGUUGGCGGCCUGGAUGUACUGCAACACGUACGCGCUGCUCUUGCUGCACGCACACAGACGGACGGACAAGUAUCAAUGAAAAACCAUGAUGCGACCCACACCACCCACCCGUGCUCAGCUCACCGUUUGUAUGUGGGCGGUGCAGCGGCUUCAGCCCUCUGACUGUGCCCUCCAUGGAGUUGGACGGCAGUCCAACAACAACACCGAGGUUCUGCGGUUUGCGGUGCGCUCUGGCGGAGAAAGGACGGUGCGGGUUCAACUUGAAGAAGUCCCGGCAGCUGCGGGCUGAUCGUCAGCCCUCCCGCCGUUGCAAACAGCGGCGGUGGCGCAGGGGUGGCAGAGGCGUAGCCUACCCCAGGCCUUUUCUCGAGGGUCACCAUUGCCACGUCCGUCGGGGGACGGGCGACAGAUGACGGCACAGAUGAGGGGGACGGGGGGACUUCAGACGGAUCAGAGGGUGGCGCAC